AAGAGUGAUGCAAAUUGCUUAGCAAAACACGUAACCUUCAUUUUUUCAGUGACACUUGAAACUUGAAAAAUCCCUCAAUCAAUUUCCAACGAAAACGAAGAGAAAACAAAAUCACUUCUGCAACUACCACACCGAAUCGCAACUUUCCCGCCAAAAUCGAUGAUGCUACGGUUCUCUCUUCCGCUUCACCUUCAGCUCCGCCACCACCACCAAACUUCGCUUCCUAUCUCGGUAGCACCGGAACCAUUCUUCCGACGACCCGUUCCUCGAACCGCCGCGCUCGGGUUGCGAGCGAGUUUCCGGGCCGGGGCCGGUUCUAGUUUGGGCUUGCUGGCGGCGGGUUAUUCGGAAGAUGAACCGGAUGUGGAGCUGGGGCGGCUGCUGGGGCUGUUGCCGGAGGAGAUGCGGCGGCGCGUGAGCGAACACCCGGAGGUGCAGCUGUUGAUUGAAGUAGUGAUGGAUUUGGGUCGGAAGCCGCUGGCUAGGUUUCCCUCCGGUGAUUUCGUGAUAUCGGAUUAUCCCAUCACUGUUCAGGAUAUUGAACACGCCACUGCUCAGGUCGGUGACUUUGCUGUAGAUAAUCGAGCUGGAAUUAGCAGGACAUUGCAUCGGAUUAGUGCUAUCAGAAAUCGCAAGGGUGCAAUUAUUGGUCUAACUUGUAGAGUUGGCAGGGCAAUAUCUGGAAGUGCUAAGUUGUUGCAAGAUUUGGUUCAAGAUGGAGCUUCUUUGUUGCUAAUUGGGCCUCCAGGGGUAGGCAAAACUACAAUUAUUAGGGAAGUAGCUCGGAUGCUGGCAAAUGAUUACAAGAAGCGUGUGAUGAUUGUUGACACCUCCAAUGAGAUUGGGGGUGAUGGUGAUAUACCUCAUGGUGGAAUAGGUACUGCUCGACGUAUGCAGGUCCCCAACUCUGAUGUACAACAUAAGGUAUUGAUAGAGGCUGUUGAAAACCACAUGCCACAAGUGAUUGUAAUUGAUGAAAUUGGUACAAAACUUGAAGCAAUGGCUGCGAGCACAAUUGCACAACGUGGGAUCCAGCUUGUUGCCACUGCACAUGGAAUCACAAUUGAGAAUCUGAUAAUGAAUCCUUCAUUAGAGAUGCUUGUUGGAGGAAUACAGAGCGUGACACUAGGGGAUGAAGAGGCCAGCCGCAGGGGUGUUCAGAAGACAGUACUGGAGAGGAAAGGCCCAUCAACAUUUAGUUGUGCAGUGGAAAUUAUUUCAAAGACAGAGUUGCGCAUUCACCGGAGUCUUGAAGAAACUGUUGAUGCUAUUCUUUCUGGUCGUUUUCCUAAUGUAGAAGUGCGCAAGCUGAAGUCUCAAGAACAGGAGGAGAUUUUACAAAAAGGACCUGUUAUUGACAGUUCUGUUGAACAUGAUGGUGAACUCAUGUUUGAAGAUGCUCCAGAGGGGGCUGAUGACCAAACAUGGCAAAAUAAUUCACCUUUGAGGUCGCCUAUCGACAUGGUAGAGGAUUCCUGGGACCUCAGAUUGCCACUUCGCCUGUUUUGUUAUGGGAUUUUAGAGGCAACAGUUAUUCAAGGGAUUAAACAACUGAAAAUGAAUGAUGUGGCCCUUCAAUUGACUGAUAAUAUUAGUGAGGCAAAUGCCUUACUUGCCUUGCAAUCAAAGCUUAAGAAGAAUUCAGGGAUUCAAGCUGCUGCUAAAUCUCAUGAUAUUCCCAUUUAUGUGACAAAGACAAGUUCGGUGGAACAUGUAACAAAAGCCAUAAGAGCAUUAGUAAGUGAUCAUGAAGAUGGAUUAAAGGGUUUUGCUUCAAUGGAUAGGAUAAAACCAUCAGAGAAAAUUGACGCUCUGGAGGAGGCAAGAAUAGCUAUAGAGCAUAUAGUCAUUCCAAAGGAAGAACCUGUGGAUCUACUCCCAAGAUCAUCACACAUAUUAUCUCUUCAGCUGGACCUUGUUCGCAGUUACCAACUAGAAGCGAGGAGAAUUAGUGGAGACUCUGGUGUCUAUCUGCGCAUCCUUCCAUCUCAUUAUGUGACUGAUGAAGUGAAAACCAGUGAAGCUUCCGAGUUUGAUGGUGAAGUUGAUGAUGAAUUUGCCUCCACCAAUGGCAGUGUCAAUGGCACAGUCAACAGCUUGGGUAAAUUGCCCCUACUGCCUGAGUAGUUACUAGGUUCGAUUAUUUGCACAUAUCAUAUCUUAUACCUCAUUCAUAUGUUGUAAUGUAUACUCGUGCUUAAUGAUAAGGCUUAUUUUGCAUUGUACUGCUUUCAUCA